CCCAGGAUUAGCACGGAGACGUCGCGAGCCACUCCUGCCAGUCAUCAGCUGACGAAAUAAAUGACCUGCAAAACUUCAACUUGAGACUUUCUGCGUUUAUCUUGCAUUGAACGAUGAACUCCAACACCAAACCAUCACGGUUCCCCUCCAUCCACAUCCUUCUCUUCCUCGUCAUCCCGCCUGCGGUUUUCUCAUUCUCACGACCCCACUGGAUUCUUCAGCGCGUCCCCGCGGUCCUCCCGGAGCAAAGCGAGAGUCGGCCGGCCCCACGUUUCCUGUCCCAAGCCCGCCUUGAUGUCACCUCCCCCUGUGACCCAGAAUGCCACAAAACGGCACCCCAGCCCAGCUACCGGGACCUACGUCAGUUUCUGGCCUACGAGACGCUUCACUCCGACGGUCGGCUCACUGAGACCGCCGUUGGGAUCUACGGAUAUAACCUCGGGUCCAACAAAAGUUCUGCAUACUCCUCUCGGCCGUCCGGGAAAGCCGAACGGUCGCAUACCAGACGGAAGCGCCAGAUCUUCGGUCACGACGGGCGCUACAGCAUCGCAGGGCACAACUUUGUGCUUAAAUAUCCUUUUUCCGCGGCUGUCAAACUGUCCACCGGCUGUUCCGGUACUUUGGUCGGGAACCGGCACGUUCUAACGGCCGCUCAUUGCGUUCAUGACGGUAAAAACUACGUGAAGGGUGCCCAGAGGCUCAGAGUGGGCUUUCUAAAAUCCAAACAACGAGACAUCCAGUCUUUGAUUUCUAACUUGACCAACCAUAUUGAGGGUGGUCCAAACGACGCCGCGAUACUGUCGGAGAAAAUGAAGUUCCAGUGGAUCCGAGCCAAGCGCACGCAUGUGCCCAAGGGAUGGAUCAAAGGUAAUGCCAAUGACAUCGGGAUGGACUAUGACUACGCUCUCUUAGAACUCAAGAAAGCCCACAAACGGCAUCACAUGAAGUUGGGCGUCAGCCCUCCUUCUCGCAGGCUGCCCGGGCGACGGGUACAUUUCUCGGGAUUCGACAACGACCGUCCGGGACAGCUGGUGUAUCGUUUCUGUAAAGCCGGGGAGGAGACGUCAGAUCUGCUCUACCAGCACUGCGACGCCCAGCCCGGGGCCAGCGGGUCCGGGGUCUACGCCCGGAUGUGGGACGGACGGCGUCGGCGCUGGGAGCGCAAGGUGAUUGGUGUGUUCUCCGGGCACCAGUGGGUGGAGCGCCAAGGGGCGUCUCAUGAAUUUAACGUCGCUGUGAGAAUCACGCCUCUGAAAUACGCUCAGAUCUGUUACUGGAUAAAAGGCAACUUUGUGGACUGUCGCGAAGGGUGAGGUCGGACAUUGAAGCAAUAAACAAAAAGAACUCCAAAUAUCACUGAAGUAAAAAGUUGCAGAUGCAAAAUUAUUAUGACGAUUGAGGGCCACCCAAAUACUAAUCAGUGACAGUAUUGACCCAAAAUAGCCAAAAAGCACUUUUCCUAUCCAAUAAGGCUACGGCUUUGAAGCUCCUCCCCCAGUUGAACACUUGCUUGGCCCCAAGACUGAAUUUCCAAUUAUUGGAUGAUAGAAUCCCUCAAACAUUGGCAAUCAAGCAAGUUUGUUACCAUUGAAAUAUGCAACCAAGAUUAGUCAAUUGACAUCCUAAGACACACCAGAGGCAAGUGACAAGUAUUUGUUUCGAGGGGCAAUGGACCUUUCCAAUGGCGACCUUAAGCUCCGCCUCCUUAGCCACGUCCCACAAGCUUCCAAAAUGGCGAUUGAACAGAACAUGUUUGAAGUCGAUUCUCUAUCGCGUAUUCCGGAUAAUAUUGGGGUAUGUUUUUUGCCAAAUGGGUCAGAUUUGCCCAAGAGUGCUCUACAGAGAGGUCUCAACUAUUUCACGCAAGGAUAUGUAAACGGAAUUAAGAUUUUGGACGCAUUGUCAGAGUUACAGCGAAAUGUUGGCGAUCGAUGCAAAAAAGUUUGACGCCUCACAAACGUCAUAUUGAAAUCCGACAGGAUAAAAUAGUGGAAUCGUACUGUGCAUGUAAAGCAGGGUGAGUACUUUUUACUUGGAAAGAUCACGAGUAAUAUCAUUGUAGUGCUUAGAAGUGAGUGGGUGGUUUCAUUCGACCCAGUGCUCUUGUCUUAAAAGUCCGAUGUGAUCCAAAUGGGGAAAUUGACAUUUCUCUUGCGUGAUAUCGCGCAUUUACGUAUCACUAACCCGACUCUUUGGCAUAAAACAUGACACACUUCAUUCAGCAGGUCAGUGAUACACUAACAAAGUAAAAGUUGUUCUCCCGCAGUCUAUAAAGCACUAAUAAUAAUGAAAUCAAACUCAAGAGAAGAUACUUCUCCCGCCACUUACCUUCGAACAUACAGCCUUGUUUUUGUUGCUAUUGUCCAUAUUGAGUUGCACGUGCGUUCUUCCGCGAGCCUUAAUCCAUCGUAGACACUCGGUCAACUGUGUUUUAGGCUUUGGAAAAUAAAUCAAGCGGGCCCCUUGUAACCUAGCCGUAUCUCUUUCAUCAGAAUUGCACGUUCCCCGAGCGCAUCUGAGGACCAUUUUCUUCGUAACAUUAACGUUUCCAAGCGCACGCUAGUGACAACCGGCAUUGCUUGUGGGACAAUGUGGCGAGGGGGGCGUGGCAAGCCAGGGGUUAAGACAAUGCGGCUAUCUGAUUGGCUAUUAUUGUACCAGCGAUUGACAGGUCGGAACGGUCCAUUAACAGUGGUGCUUUGACAUAAAAGUGUCCCAACUCACUAGGUUUUUUGCAGAUACAAGUGUUAGUUUUGAUUUUCAUGGAAAAAAUUAAGAUGAGCGGCAGUAUGGUUUAUAGUGAAACUUUUUCUAAAAAUGGGCUUCAGACUUUUUGCCACUCAGUUUAAGAUGAAUUAUGCCGUGUUUAUUUGAAAGCAACACACACACACACACACAUUGCAGCUUUGCCGUAUUCAAGUCUGCUAGAUUAAUGCUAACAAUGCAGUGACAUAGAAAGGCUAAUAAAUAGCAUCUAUGUGGGAGUGUUAAGGUGGCCAAAUCACACACUCCAGGAACUAGAGUAUAUUAAUCGAGAUGCAGUUUCAUUGUUUGCAUUCCAUUUAAUAUUGUUCACAGUUUUAUAAAGGACGUUAUAGAUGUACUUUCCUCAUUUUAAAAAAAUACACAUUGUUGGAAGGUAAGAUCAGAUUUUGUUCCGUGCUUUCAACAGGAAGAUAAUUUGAGAUUCAAGUGUUAAGCGUUGCCAGCUUUGCGACGGAAUCAAUUAAACAUAUAUCAAGGCACCACUGUAUGCCCAAGCCGUCAAGAAAUAUUAUAAUCCUCUGGAGCGUCCGGAAUACACCGAAAAGGAACGUCAGGCCUGCAAACAUUUUUUUUUCUUUUUAAUGCAACGAGUUAUUGCACUGUAUGAACUUUUUCUCCAGCUCUACUUCUAUUUUUAUGAAUGUACACAUGAGCAACCAAAGGUGUCAUUUGAUUGUGUCCAAAUAGUUAAUUGUAUUAGUGAAUGUUUGGAAUGCUGACCAUUUGCUAUUGUGCAUAAGUUUAUUUGUUUUUUGUUUUUAAAGUUCAGCUUCAAUUGCAAAGUGUCGCUAUACAAAAUCGUGUAUUUCAAUUAUUUGGACACAAGACAUAAAAUAAGCAAAGGAGAGCUCAGUAGAUGCUUUUUGUCUGCCACCCUCUUGUGGUAGUUGCAAGUAUUUCCCCUCCUCCCCUUACUCUUCCCUUUAAUAACAUUUGUGGAAUUGUAUUAUUGCGUUCGGAAAUUGAAUAACUGGCAAAUAAAUGAAAAAAAAAAUGCUCGAUUAUACAAAUGCACAAGUGUGUUCAUUUUAACGCCAUGUUUUAUUUCAGAUGACAAAAAAAAAAAGAUCCUCAGGGUGAAACGAAUACUGUAAAAAGCCGAAAUAUGAGGACCACCUCCUUGAACAACAGAGUCGUGAUGCUGGAUAUGUGAUACACUACAGAAACAAUUGACGCCGGCGCGUUGUACAACAAACACCCCCCCCUUUCAUGCUAUCGGAAGCAAGGGAAAGAAGUCAAAAAGUGACUCGUUGAUUAUUUUGUUAAAUAAAAUUCCAAUUGUCAAAACCUCAACGGCGCUUCUCAGGGGCUUUCCGCAAACCAACAAAAGUAGGCAGAAUGUGUUUGAGGAAAGCACUUAUGUGGGCAGCAAAAUAAAAUAAAAAGGCAAAAGCUGAAGCUCUUUCCUAUCAAGGUUUACUAAAUAUUGGGGCAGGUGCUGUCAUGAUGAGAGAAUUUCUUUCGAGUCAACAGCACUACCUUCUGGACACUUUUUUCAAAUUAUUUUUUUUACAUUCAAGUUGACACGAGCCAACUGCACUCGUAGCUCACCCAAAACUGCAAGGCACAAGAGGCAAAUUCCGAUUCCUCCCGAGCCACACUCAUCCUGAAUAUACCAGAUUCCGUCGGUUUAUUGUAUGCGUUUUAUCAUUCAGGCGUUUAAAUGAACCGCCAAAGAAAUGCUUGGCCGGUGGAUUUGAAUGCGUGUUGAAAAAAAAGUCAGACGGCGCAACUUAAGGCAGAAGGAGGCAUAAACAGCUUGACUUAAAAAAAAAAAAAAAAAAAAAGGCAGCAUGCAAAUUGAAGCAUAGGGACAACUGGAGAAAUAUGGGACUAUGACUAAUAUAAAGAUUAAGUCACAUGAGAGGAUAUGAUGCCUUCAUAUGUACUUGAUAUGUUUUUAAUUAUAUUGUAUUGAUCUUCUUUACAAGAAAGCAUCCAUCUUAAGGGGUUGAUACAGUUUUGCAUCUCUGAGUAAUUGCUUGCGUGAAGUUGAUAUAAAAAGGAGAAAAGUGAAAUGUACUUUGUGGUUUCUGCAACUUCUCAGACAAUGAAAAAUUGAGUGUGCGACUGCGGAUGUAGAUUAGUGCCACCAGGAUUUGAAUUUGAACACAUUUUCAAUAGUUGCUACAAUUCGCUGUCUAAAAAUUCAUCUUCUGUGCCACCGGGAAGAACAGCCAGCCAAUCGCAGUCUCGCUUUCUUGGUAUGUGGUGUCACGUGACUAAGAAAGCCUAACUGCGAUUGGCUGGCUGUUUAGUUUUGACCUGAAGUAACCCUGCCUGGUGGCACAGACAGUGAAUUUCAGACAGCGAAUUGUAGCCAGUUGAAUUAUUAACAUUGAAAAGUUACACUGAAAUACAGCUAUUGAAAAUGUGAUCACUUUACAUUUCAAAUUCAAAUCCCAUCAAAUCCUAUUUCACUUUAAAUUUCAAUUCCUAUUUGACUUUACAUUUCAAAUUCAAAUCCUAUUUAACUUUACAUUUCAAAUUCAAGUCCUGGUGGCACUAAUCUACUUCCAUAUGCGACACCAUAUUGGGGUGAAAUGAUCUGUAUGAGCCCCAUAACAUUCAAAUCAUAAAUUAAUCUGAGUUCACUGGUUUACAGUACUUUACCAAGUACACCCUUUUUUUUUUUCCUCCCCUGUCGGUAAAUACCAGCUAACAUGCCUGCAAAUGAUAAAAGAACUGAGAUGAACUCUCUUGCACUGACAGAAACUGAAAUUUUUCAUUGCACACAUCCUUUGGUUGAAGAUCAAGAAUUGGUGGCAGACUUUCUUUUUUGGUGUAUUUGCUCAGUUAAAGUGUACUUUGAUAUAUUUUCCCAUUUUUUUCCCCUUUCGUCUGUAAUGCAGUUUCAGUAUAGGACUGUAAGGUAAGUUUCUUUCGGCUUGUCCCUUUCGGGGUCGCCACAGCGUGUCAUCUCAGAUGAACGCACAUAUGUUUGGCACAAUUUUUACGCCGGAUGCCCUUCCUGACGCAACCCUUCUCAGGGAGUGGAGGCCCCAGCGGGAUACGAACCCACAACCCCUGGUUUAUCAAACCAGUGCUCUAACCACUGAGCUACAGGGCCUCCCUUUUCAGUAUAGGACUGUAAUUCACUUAAACAUUGUCAUGUCCAUCUGGUAUACUACGUUGAUGAAAAAUGGUGAAGUUUCUAUCUAACUUUAACCAUUUGCAGUACACAAAAAAUUGCGAUAACCACAUUUUUGGGGUGGGGCUACAGAUGAGCACUUUGAUUAUUCAAUAAACAACAUGAAGAACUACCAACUGGAAGAGUUUUAGUUAUGGCGCUGUAAUAGGUUCAGAAAUACAGGUGGCCCAUAUUACUCCAGUUGCCCGUACUGCCGAGAAUACAUGAACUGGUAAAGCGACAGCCAGAUGUGCGUGACUCCGACAGGCGGCUGAGCAUUCAAGCACCGAUAUCAUUAAAUACAUUUUUGAAAAUGACAUUCAAAAUGUAAAGUGAGGUGUCACCCUCAGAACUUGAGCCUAAACUGCCCGAACCAGAUCGUCGCAAGGACUUCAUGCCAAAACGCUGGAAGAAAAAGCGACGGCACAGUGUACCACUUUUAAAGCGUCCGUGGCUGGAGGUGCGGGGGGCUUGUGAAGAACCGAGGUCACAGCCUAUGAUGACGAAAAAAAAAAAAAAAAAAAAAAAAAAGAA